UGAUAACUAGGUAUUUAGUAUUGUACUGAUGAAUGUGUAACCUCUGUACAGGUCACAGGACCUGUCUUGUUUUGAAUUAGAAAAUGAUUUUUAAAUCGGCUUAGAUUGAACUACAAGGUAUUGAACACACUUCUUGCUUCGCUGGAAGUUUAAAUAAACACUACAGAUUAAUGUGUAGGUAAAAGAAAUGCUAUUCGUCACUUGUGCGCCGUUAUUAAUUGGAGUAUUUAAAUUACCAGACUGAACGUUAUGCUAAGUCUACAGUGGAUCAAAAUAUACCUGGUGUGAAGAGUUGAUGACUGAAGACUGAAUGAAAUGGAUAUAAAUUUAACGGAUGACGUCAAGGUACGUCUUGGAGCAGAGAGCAAAGUGACCCUCACAGACGGAAUCGGUAUACAGCAAGUCAAAGUCAGGACCCCCAAGUGUCAAUCCGAGGAGCUUCUACCGGGGUGCUAUGAAAAGGAUGGUGCCGAAAACUUAUCGUCGAAAUUUAAUUUACACAGACAAUACUCGCUUCCAUUCCAAGAAUCAUUUGCGCAGAAACCCGAAGAUUCUGAUAUUAUAUUGCCAAAUAUCUUCGAAGAGGAAGUACCAGUAAAAUUAUGUAAUAGACCUCAGGUUUCUAUUUCAAAGAAAGAAAUUGUGAUAGAUGAGAAUUCACCUACCCAAAUAGACAUCACGUGGACUGUAAAAGAUACAAAGCUUGGUGUGAGCUACGUGUUCGAUUUGGAGAUUAUGACAAAUACAGAAUGGACACCUUUAGCAGAAAAAAGAGCACCUGUUAUACGAAUGUAUAAAACGGACUUCUCUGUGUCUCUGGGCAAAAUCAAGUGGGAUUUACGUAAAGGGGACGCUGUCUGGCACGUCAGAAUACGAUCACGUGACAGUCACAUGGCAUAUGAUUGGAGUGAUUCUGUAAAAAUUCUUAUAUGUGGGAUCAAAAAUGAGGUCCAUUUUGACCCUAACGACAAAGCAGGAUCGAUUUUAUAUUAAUCUUAUUUAAAUUAUCUUAUUCCAGAGAAUAAGACAUGUUGAAAGCAAGUUUAAAUUACUCUGAUGUGGCUAACCACAGUUUGUUCCAUCCUUUUCAUACAUCUAUAUGCUACCAUAUACAUGCAUAUGACUCGAUAGACUAUUCUGUUUACUUAGAUGUUUUCUAUAUCUGUUUUUUUUUAAGUUGGCGAUAUCUAUAAAUUUUAAUGUUAAAAAAUAUCAAAACAAUUAAAAUUUGAUGUCCAUGUCUUUAAUUUACAUUUCUAACAAAAAUAAAUGUCAUUUUAGCUCGCGUAUCAGAAAUAUCAAUCUUUUAAACAUUCUUUUAAGAUGUUAGAAAGAUUGAAUUCGUACAAAGUAAGUGCCCUGAUUUAAUGUUAGAAUUACUUUUGUCCUCUUAGGGUUUUGAAUUUGCACCAUAUAUUCCCCAUGUAAAUGUAAACUCACUUCAUAUAAAGUGUAGUC